UGCCUAUAGUUGAGGGACUUUAAAAUUAAUUUGGCCUGACACAUAAAUAGAAAUUUCUUUUUCUCUCUUGUUCACACAACGCAAGCAAUCAAGCAGUAGAGUUUAGGGGUUAGGGAUAUGGAAUGAAUCGGGGACUUCAAGUGAGUAACAGAGGUAAUCAGGACCGAUUCUUUCUUUUCUUUGAUUGUUACAUAUGUGUUGAUGUGCGCGGCUGUAGAUAUAUUUGUGUGUAUGUAUAUACUUGUGAUGGUGGUUGUUUGAGAUUGAAUUGGAGGUCGGGGAGAGGCUGGUGUGUGUUUAACUAGUGGUGCGAGUUUCAACGAAGAGAGGUAAAUUUAAUAAAUUGAUUAAACUAGCAUUACAAGCUUUAAGAAUAUAAUAGUAGGAUUGUAAAUCGAUACGGACUAUCCGAUGUUGCCGCUUAUAUCCGGCUCGAAAAUAUGAUACCGAUCUCAUAUCCGUUUUGAAGACGAUCCAAAUCUGACGGAAAAAUUAAGGCCGUAUAAUAUAUGAUCCCGGAUAUGAGCACAUUUAUACCCGCUCAAAUCCGAUCUCAUAUAAUUAAUUUUUCAUAAUAUGAUCCUACCCGAAUACCCGAAUAUGAUCCACUGUUCAUAUUUAGAUUCAAACUAAUACACAUAGUAUAUUUUAAAUCAUCACAUUUGUUAUUUAAAAUUAUUUUAUUUUAUAAAAAUAUGUUUGCUUAGAUUAAAUGAUAAUUAUUUGAAUAAUUGAAUAUCUUAUGUUAAUGGAUCAUAUUUGACUCAUAUUCGAUGUAUCAUAAGUUAUAUGGUUAAAAAAUAGAAAAUAUGAUACUGGAUCAUAUUCGAUUCAGAUCCGAAUCUCAAAUAUCCGGGAUCGGUUUAUAUUCAAAGUAAAUGAUCUCGGACCCAAAUCCGGACAAUCUAUAUAUGAUUCGAUACUUGAGCAUAGGUGUAUCACAUAUCUCCCGUAUCAUUUUACAGCCCUAUAUAACGGCCGUUUGGGUAAACUUUAAAAAAAAAAUCAUCUUUCAUUUUUUUAAGUGAUUAAACUGUGUGGGAAAGUUGCUUGUUAAGUCGUGAAACAAAAACUAGCAUUCUCAGCUGCGUUUUCAAGGUUGACGGAGGUAGCCAACCAUGCACAUAAAUAGAUUUUUUUUUUUUGCCCCCUCUUUUUCACACAACGCACGCAAUCCAGCAGCAGAGUUUAGGGGUUAGGGAUAUGGAAUGAAUCGGCGACUUCAAGUGAGUAACUCAGGUGAUCAGUACUGAUUCUUUCUUUUCUUUGAUUGUUACAUAUGUGUUGAUGUGCGCGGCUGUAGAUAUAUUUGUGUGUACGUAUAUGCUUGUGAUGGUGGUUGUUUGAGAUUGAAUUGGAGAUCGGGGAGAGGCUGUUGUGUGUUAAACCUGAGGUGCGAGUUUGAACGGAGAGAGUUAAGGGCGAGGGUGUCUGGUGUGUGUAUAAAUCUGAUAUUCUGGACAUUUGUUGUAUUAUUUGUGAUAACCAGGGCCAUUUCCCCCCGGAAAUACAAGAGAAACUUACCAAAGGACAGGACAGGACAUAGGAGAGAUCGAUGGGUGAUUUGUUCAUGAAACUACCUGAAGGUUUUAGAGAAAAAUUCAUGCAACAAGUUGUGGCACGUACGAGCCCUGUAGAUGCCAUUAGAUUGUCUAGUGUGUCUAAAUUGUUCCAGUCAGUUGCUGAUUCCAACUUUGUUUGGGAUUCGUUCAUCAUUUCGGAACAUGAACCUGCUCUCAGUGGUGAUUGGGAUUCUAGAAAGGAUGUCUUCAUUUCACUCACCAUGACCCCCAUUACCUUCAAUCAAGGUUUCUUUAUUAUAUAUAUAAUUUAUUUCAUUUGAUUUGAUUCUUGCAAGGAUGAUGUCUUUAUGUACCUCUUAGAUUUCUCCGAUCAUGUUUAAUUUGUUUUUAUAAUAGCUGAUAUCAUGUUUUAUUUGUGAUUUACUGAAGGUGAUGAUAACAGCUAUGAUUCAGGUUUCUGCUACUAAAAUUAAACCCAAUGGACUUUGUUAAUUACAAGUUGAUUCCUCAUUUUGUUAAAAUUUCAUCUAAUGUUCUGUUUUCCUGCUUUGGUUAAUUUGUUAUGGAACUUACUGACUUCCACUUGGAAUUAAGUUUCUUAUUUCUUAGACAAAUGGACUGGGAAACGACGGUUGGAGAUGCGCAAUCUCUCUGUCACAUUUCUAGACUCAGAUUACUAGAAACCUCCUAAGACAUGGCUUAGGCUUGGUCACGUGGUAUGGCUUGAAAUUAAGGGGAACGUAAGCACUUCUAAGUUGUCAUCUAAUACAACGUACACGGCUUACCUUCGUUUUGCUUUCACAAGUGUCUUUUAUUAUGGAUUUCACGUACCCCUUGAGACUUCCAUUGGCAUCACUCGGGAAGAAAGCAUGAAGAAAUUUGUCUAUUUUGACCCUAUAAUUGCCAUGUCUGAAUGCCAAUAUAUUAAGCAUGUAGCGGAACCACUAGAUUAUCUGUUUGAAGUUGAGUUAGGUGACUACUUCCACAAUGACGGAGAGACCAGGGAUCUGGAGAUUACUGUUAGAGAAGUAAAAAGUGGAAAACCCAAAUGUGGCAUACAGAUCUAUGGUAUGGAGCUCCGACCCAAGCGAGAGAGUAUUAACCACUACUACAAGUCCUUUAACGUUGGUCAUUCAUAUUCCAAGACGAGUAUCAAAAGAAGAGACAGAGAGAUGUCAAAUGAAGGAGAAGAGGGUGGCGAUGACACCAAUUUAUUCAGCAAGUUACCCGAAGGGUUAAUGGAACAAGUUGUGUCCCAUACGAGCCCUGUUGAUGCGUGCAGGCUAUCAGUUGUGUCAAAAAGUUUUCGGUCAGCUGCAGGAUCGGAUGCAGUUUGGGAGAGACUUUUACCCAAUGAUUAUCAACAAUAUUUGUGCCGCACGGAUUUCUUGCCCUGUAUUUCUUUUGCAUCCAAGAAAGAUUUGUAUCUCUUUCUCACUGGUAAUCCUCUCAUUGAUGCCAACACUAAGAGUUUUUUUUUCUUAGACAAGUGGACUGGGAAGAAGUGUUUCACGAUAACUAGUCUCUCAAUUACACUGAAUCCUGAAGGUCUUUGGAACCCUACAUAUCGUGAAACAAGAUUUGUCGAAGUAUUCGAAACUCCUCCCUGUGAUGAUUGGUUAGAAAUCCAUGGAAAGAUAAGGACUUUCAUGUUGUCACCACAUACGAGUUAUGCAACUUAUCUUGUAUACAAAUGGGAGACUUAUGGUGGAUAUUAUUUUCCAGCAGAAAAUCGAGCUCCUCUUGAAGCUGUCUGGACUAGGUUUGGUUGUUAUUUCCCUGCAGAAAAUCGAGCUCCUUUUGAAGCUUCUGUCGGGAGUAGUGAAGAUGAAAGCGUCAAGCGGGUUGUUUAUCUACACCGUAUAAUUAGAGAAACUGGUAGUCAAUAUCCUGUGGGGAGAAAAGACGGUUGGUUAGAAGUUGAGUUGGGAGAGUACUUCAACAAAGGAGGGAAAAACAAGGAUUUGGAGAUAAGUGUGAUAGAUGGACUCAAUAAGUUUGGAUUCAUAAUGCAGGGGAUUGAGAUUCGACCCAAGCAUAGUUAAUGUAUUAAAUUUCUUCGCUUCACUGUAGCAGGGUUCACCGUAUCAAUGGAACCAGACAUUUGUUUGACAACUUUGAGACCAUGUUGCAUGAUUUGGAAGUAUACAAAUAUUAUUUUUUGCAGCUUAA